UAGAUUUCCCACCCCUGGGUUUAGAAUUGCCACCCCAUUUAAAAGUGGGGAAAAACCAAUAUUGCCCCUCCGUGUUUUAGUCCGAAUGUAUAACAUUCGGACUCCUCCGAAUUUUCAAAUGUCGGACUCAGUUAAUAAUAGAACAAAACUAUCAAUUCAGAUUCACAUUUGUAACGGGACAGAACAUCAACUCUCGGACUGGUUCAGGAGAAGCGACCCAGAGGCACCCAAAUCGACCCACACAUCACGACCAAAAGCAACCAAGAAUCAUCUGUGAUUCAAAACCGACCACACUGAGGUAAUUUGUUGGAAUCCACGACCAAGAAUCAUGUGUAUUUUGAAUCAUGUGUAUUUUGAUGAGUUAGUGUUGUGAUUUCAAAUUUAGGGUUUCAAAUUUAGGUAUUUCAGAUUAGGUUAGGUUUCGAAUCCCUUUUUAUGAGUUGAUUUGGUGAAAUUUCAUUCCUAUUGUGAUUUCUGGGGUAUAUGGGGUUCUGAGGUGCGAAUUUGGGGAUAUUCGUACUCCGAAUCUUGAAGAUUCGGACUGGUUCAGGACUUCAAGAUUCGGACUGGUCCAGGACUUCAAGAUUCGGACUUGAGAGAUUCAGUACUGUCUCUCCUAUUGCUUCUGUUAUUGUUUUUCAUGAUAAGAUGAAUGGGGUGAAGAUAAUUUCCAUGCUUUUGGCUAUCUUAGGGUAGUGGUUAAGGACAUAACCAACUUGAGAUUUCACAUUUGAAUUUCAUAACAUUAUUUGAAUUGUAUUGAAAUUUCAUAACAUUAGUUUACUGUGUAUACUUGUGGAUUGCUUCAACUAGUUAGUUACUCAUUACAUAGCUAUUAAUCUGUUUUCCUUAUUUUUUCUGAUAGAUUAUGGCGAGGACAAAGCAAACUAAGAGGGUAUCGUCUGAAGAGUUGGCCGAUCGUCGUGCCUAUCUCCACGCUUCUCAUAGGCGAGGUGAUCAUGAUACAGAUGUGUCGACUUCUCGGAAGCGGGCUAGGAAGGGGGCUCUGAAGGCGACCACUGAGGUUCCUGCCCCUGCUACUGAGGUUCCUGCUACUCAGGUUCCUGAUACUGAGGUUCCUGCCCCUGCUACUGAGGUUCCUGCUACUCAGGUUCCUGCUACUGAGGUUCCUGCUCUCUCGACGCCUGAGGUUACUGCUACUGAGGUUUCUCCUCAGUCGACGCCUGAGGUUACCGCCCACGAUACUGUUGAGCCUUCCACCUCUUCACUUGAUAUUGAUGCAGUUGAGGAGUCGGAGUCGGAGUCGGGGUCGGAGUCGGGGUCUGAGUCUGAGAUUGAGGGUGAGGAUGUAGAGGUAGAGGAUCCGAAUAUGCCGCCGCUCCAGAGAGAUCCACCGUUUCCUGGUGGGCCGGUUGAGUUGUCACUUCUGCAGCAUUACCCGGAUCACAUAGCGCCGUGGACGUGGCAUACCCUACUAGGCACCACUGACCCUCGUUAUUCUGAGCGAGGUGAUUUGAGGCUUGCCACUGCUGGUACGAAGCUCGGGCUGAUGACGUGUGAGGGGGACAAUUACAGGGAGGUCCGCUUGAUUGUGGAGAGGAGCGGACUGUAUCCACUGGUCAGGUGCAGCUAUGUAGAGACGGAUCCAGGGCUUAUAUCGGCCCUUGUGGAGAGGUGGCACGAGGAGACUAGUAGUUUCCACAUGCCAUUUGGGGAGAUGACUGUCACCCUUGACGACGUCUCCGCUCUUCUUCACAUCCCGGUUGGUGGGAGAUUCUACACUCCAGGAGUGGCCUCGAGAUAUGAUGUGGCAGAGACCUGCGCUUUGCUGUUAGGGGGGGAUGCAGAUUUGUACAUGGCUGAGUUUGAUAAGCUUAGGGGUCCGACUAUGAGGUUCAGCUUCUUGCGAGACCUUUACCCGAAAGCUGUUGCAGAGGGGCGGUACGAGCAUGCAGCCAGGAUGUACCUGAUGCAUCUUGUUGGCGCGACAUUGUUCGCCGACAAGAGUGGGGGGCACUCAUUCUCCGCCCGUUGGAUAGGCAUGCUACAGGAUCUUGAGCGGGUGUCGGAGUUCGCGUGGGGCGCCAUGGCCCUUGCCACAUUGUACGACCAGCUUGGACAGUCUUCUCGCAGCGGGGUCAAACAGAUGGGCGGUUACACUUCCCUGUUGAUGGCCUGGGUCUUUGAGCACUUUCCAGACAGGCUCGUUCGCCGGUAUGCGAACCCGGCUUACACAGAGGACCAGCCCAGAGCUCGUAGGUGGACAGAGUCACGGUCGGGGCAUGCUAGGCUUGACGAGAGGCGAGUACUACUUGAUGAGUUGACGGCCGACGACGUCACUUGGACUCCAUAUGAGGCCCACAGGGAAUGGCGACAGCGGGAUGAGAGAGCUUUGUUCUCAGGCUACAUUCGGUGUCCCUAUCCCCCUGCUGUGCGACCUCAUCUUCCGGAGCGGGUCAUGCGACAGUUUGGGUAUAUACAGACGAUCCCGCGCCACCCUAGUGAGAUGGAUAGAUCUCCCGCAGCUGAGGCUGUUGAUGCGGCAUUCGCAGGUUAUGUGCAGUACUCAUUCCCUGAGGGCGACCCUGCUAUAGAGGAGGGACAGGCUGUGGGCGGUUACAUGGAUUGGUACGCUAGAGUGUCUCAUUGUUUCAUCAUACCGGAUGAGAGGAGGAUUGAUCUCAGUGCCGUGGCUGCUUUGCGUAGGGCUUUAGAAGUCCUUGAGUUGUCACUUGAGGUGGAUGAUGCUUUGCUGCCAGGCACACAGGCCCGCGCUUUAACGGAGAGAGCACUUCGCAUCCUCCAGGACUUGGCUGGGACACAGGGCAUUGCUUACGCUGCUGGGAGAGGAGGUCUGGGAGCAGGUGGCCGAGUAGGUGGCCGAGCCGGCGGCCGAGCAGGUGGCCGGGAGGGCGGCAGGGCAGGAGCCAGGGGAGGUCGUAGGGGUAGGGGAGGUCGUCGGGGUAGGGGACAGGCUGAAAGUGCACAUGCAAGCUUGAAGAAGAUGCUUAGGAAUGGCAAGGGUAACCUGUGCGAUUCAUGGGAAGCAAUUGAUAGGUUGACCAUUGUACGCCACAAUGCAAUACAAGCAUCGUUUGAGCGCAGUAUUAACAUUGUAGAGCACCGUUUCAAGUCUCCAAUGUAUAAGAAUAUGAGAGGAUUCGUUGCUAAACAUGCACUUCACCUAAUGUAUGAUGAACAAAACAGAUUUUGGGGUCAUGGUGAGAAAUGCGGUUGCGUGAUGAAAGUCACUCAUGGACUACCUUGCGCUUGUGCACUUCAGAGUAUUGCCUCAAUUCCGUAUGCAGCAGUUGAUCCAUUCUGGAAGAUACUUUCUUGGGAACAAGUGCCUGUUGUGGAGAGUCAAACCUCAAACAGUGGAUGCAUGCCGCUAGAGAUUGAGGCUUUGUGGGCUCAUUUCAAUACCUUGGAUGAUGCGGGCCAAAGUAUGCUGAGAAGGAAGCUUAAAGAGCUUUAUUGUCCUCAAAUCAGUUCAUUGUGUCCUCCUGAAGUGAAGAUAAAGCACAAUCAAUCGUCCAAGGAGAGGAAAACCAAACCUCCCAGAGGUCAAUCAAUAGGAUCCACCCAGCGUGACCUUUCACAUUGGGAACAUGUUGACAAUCAGACCAAAGAACAAGAAUCGAAAGCUAGCAAGAGGAAACCUAGGCUCACCAAAACUCCUAAAACAACUCCAACAUCGCAAGCUCCUAAGUCAAAGAACAAGAUGGCUAUGACGGCCACCGGCUCCAAAAUCUACUUACCGGAGUUGCCAUCUUUUUUAUGGCCAUAUAUACAUGAAGUGAUAGAUGUUGUCGGGGAUGGUAAUUGUGGAUACAGAGCCGUCGCUGCAUUGCUGGACCUUCAGAACGGUCAGGACGGUUGGCCUCGGGUUAGGGAAGAGCUGAUUGUAGAACUCACACUCUAUGAGAAACACUAUACACGCAUGUGGGGUUAUGAUGUGAGCCACUAA